GCGAAUUCAAACCAGAAAUUAGAAACAGAGAUCAUAUGGGGAGGUCUCCUUGUUGUGAUGAUAACGGUCUUAAGAAAGGCCCCUGGACUCCUGAAGAAGACCAGAAACUUAUCCAGUACAUUCAGAAACAUGGCCAUGGAAGUUGGCGAUCUCUCCCUAAACUUGCAGGUCUGAAGAGAUGUGGGAAGAGCUGUAGAUUAAGAUGGACAAAUUACCUGAGGCCUGACAUCAAGAGAGGGAAAUUUUCACAAGAAGAAGAGCAGACAAUUCUGCAUCUCCAUUCCAUUCUUGGCAACAAGUGGUCAGCAAUUGCAACCCAUCUCCCGGGCCGGACUGACAAUGAAAUUAAGAAUUUCUGGAACACCCACCUAAAAAAGAAGCUGAUACAGAUGGGUUUCGACCCAAUGACCCACCGACCUCGAACUGAUAUGUUCUCAAACCUCCCCCAGCUGCUAGCUCUGGCUAACCUUAGAGAGCUUAUGAAUUACCAUCCAUGGGAGGAAGAUGCUGUGAGACUACAAUCAGAAGCUUUUCGAGUAGCUAAGCUUCAAUAUUGUCAAUACCUUCUUCAGACGGCAGCUUCGAUGACUUCCAGCUCUUUUUCAAACAACCUGAGCAGCAUGGCAAACGUGGAUGCCUUCAAUCUAUUGAACUCAAUUUCUUCAAUUAAAGACAGACCAUCAGGUUUGAGUUUACCCCAGUUGGAGAAUUCCACCCUAUCAUCUCUUGGAAUCGCUACUAGUCAAGCAGUCCAUGAUUCAGUCCAUUUCCCAGCUCAUUUGCCAAACCUGCAACCAGCUGCAUGCAGUUUCCAAACGCCUUUCAACAGUGAGAUAGCCCAAGGUUCUGAUUAUACAGGAUUCAGCCAAGCAGAAAGCUCGCCUCAAUCUCCAUCAGUCGUUCCACCCUCUCCCUCUCCUCCUCCUCCUCCUCCUCCUCCUCCUCCACCUCCAUCUGCUCUAUGUGCAACCGAGACUACAGUCAGCAACCUGGGUGACGCCUGCAGCACCUCUAGCUAUGGAGGAGCUCCGUUUUGGGCUGAGCUGCUUCUUGAUGAAUCUUUUAUUCAGGAAAUUGGUUAGUUUUACAGAUUGUGUGAAAUGUUUGAUGCUACACCAUCCCCUUUACUGUGUCUUUUGUUAUUAUAAAUAUUGUAAAUACACAAUCCAUCACCCAUACAGAAAAUAAUCAAACUCUCAUACGUUGAUGAUUUUGUACA